UUCUAGUUAGUGGCUUAACAAAUGAAAGCUGACACUGUAAAAACUCUUAAGCCUUAUCCGUAAUAAAUUCAACAUAAAAUAUUAAAGAAACUUAGUGUUAAACAAUGUGAUUAUAUACUCUUCUCUGUUUUUAAAUAUUCUUCAUUAAAAAAAACAAAUCAAGGCAUGGUGCACUAUUAUAUACACAGACGAACAGUGGAGAUAGUUUAAGAAACUUAUAAAUGAAUACCCACCGCAAGUCUUCAGUAGGCAUCAUGAGGAAAUAUUAUCAACUAAUACUCAUCGUCGUCUGCUUUUUAAGUAUUGUGACGCUUUUAAUGUACCGACAUGAAUACUACAAAUUACGCUAUGUCCUCGAAGUACUUAAUAUUUUUGGAAAACCAGGUCUUUCGGAGAUUGAAUUCUGCGGACCCGGCUUCAAUGCGACUAUGUUAUCCGAGAUAUUAAGGAAUUCUUCUCUGGAAGUUAAAGAAACACCGCCUUUAUUUCAAGAAAUUAAUGAAGAUUUUUAUUCCUAUUCAUCGUUCCUUCGUUCACAUAAAAAAUACGAAGACCUAUCGCCAAAAUACGCGCACGUUAUUAACACUAUCGUCAUUGGUAAAGCGCAUGUUAUACCUAAUUUUCGAUGCUAUAUUUGGCAUGAGAAUGUUCCAAAACCAAAGUCUGGUAGGUUUAACUACAAAAUUUCAUCUGAGCCUCUAAAUAAUUUCAGACUCUAUGUCUUUGAAUGUUCUUCAAACAAAGACUUUGGGAGACCAAAUGGAGUUAGUUUUUACAUAAAUGAUUAUAAUAUCAAUCCCUUGCAUGCUCCGAUUAAUAGAUUAAUUCAAGUAAAUACAAAGAGAAAAGUGCAACAGAGAAGUAAUAUUAGGUUUGUCAAUACAGUUAUACCAGCAAUAUGUGUUAUUCCAAAUGAAAUUCCUAUGGUAUCACGAGAUGCCUUCAUUGAGUUUUUAGUGUUACACCACUUGGUUGGUGUAGACUACUUCACAAUAUAUGAUAGUAUGAUUUCUGAAGAUGUUAUAAGACGACUUAAUUUAUUCCCAGCGGAUAUAACUCAGUGGAAUAUCCAAUUUUAUCCCUUAAACUAUCCCUUCAUAUUUUCCAAAUCAUACCAAAUUGUAAGAAAUGCUAUAGAGUUAGAUUGUAUAUUCCGCCAUUUUCAAUUUGACAAAGAAGAAGUGAAUAAAGUAAGUCAUGUAACUGUGUUAGCUUGGGAUGAAUUCCUUGUACCUAGAGUUCAUAACUCUAUACAAGCAUUAUUAAGAGAUUAUGACCCUAUGUUAACUUUUCGAACAUCUAUGGUAAAUACUUUAAUAUUUUGUUUGAACCAAAAUGAUGAUGAUAAUGCAGAUAUUGGGUAUCCUGAGAUCAUGAAAAAAACACAUUAUUAUUCUGUGCCACAAGAGAAACGACCAAUAGAAAUUCGCAAUUUAGAAACAAUGAUAUCUUUUGAUGAUAUAUUCAAUUUAACAUCCAAUAUAAAAUCAAUUUCUUUAGAUAUGUUGGGUGUACAUAAAUACACUACAUGUGGCAAUCCAAAAAAGUUUGAUAUAAAUGGAUAUAAUGAAACAGAAAUGCAAGUUUUUCAACACAAAUUUGAAGGUGCCAUGUUAAAGUUUGGUGAUAGAAUUGUGAGUGAUAAGAUAUACAGAUUGUACAGAUCAGGACAGAUUUGGGAGAAAGAUAAUCAUGGAAAUAUUAGAGAUAUGUUGUGAACACAGAUGUGGUAAGAUACGAAAAGGGCAAAGAUAAUGAAAGGAAAAUUAAUAAGCACAUUGUCCAAUAUCAAAUUAAUGUAGUAAAGGCAAGUGUUUAUUUAUAAUAAUAAACACAACAAAUUUCCAUGGAGAUUGGAAGUAUUAGUUCUAUACAUGUAAAGAAAUACCUUUCCAGUUUGACAAGUACUACUACAUAUGACCACUAUCCACUAUUAAUUACUAUGCUUUAAUAUACAAUCACUAUAUUAGCUUUAUACAUAAUAUAAGUGUAGCACAUAGUUAGCAUUAACUUGUUGCCUUUUACCCUAUUGAUCUUGUUAUUCCAUUGUUAAAGACCAAUUUAUAGAAAAGUGGUUAAAUUUUAAACUCUUCUACAGUAGUAAAAGUAUUGUGCCUGUGAGUGCUGAGCUCUAUUUUUAAACAGUCAUCACUACCUGUAAAGGUAGAUUUAUUGUAUUGAAAUUAUAAAUGUUCUUUAUCUAUAACUAUGAAGAUUAGAUAUGAUUUAUGAGUUUCUUAAUUUUUCACUUAUAAUGAUUUUAGUAAUUAGAAUGUGCCUUUAAAAAUGGGUAUUAGUUAUAAACAAAUAUAAGUAUAUUAAAAUGUCUUGAUACAUACUGAGCUAUUAUGUUAUUAGAUCAAAAACACAUCCAGCAACUCAGCAUGAGUCAUACUUAGUGCUAAGCCUCGACUUAGAAUCUUACCCUAACCUACUAAUAAAACAAUCUAACACCUAUUACUUACGAUAAAAGAUACUGUAAGGGAAAAUUGCAAUUGGUAGAUAAAAAAUAUUACUUCAAUUAAUAAGACAAUUCUAGGGUUAUAUUCGAACACGAGACUUAGGGCAAACUAUGACUUAUGCAUUCGGGAAUGCUUGAAGUUGAACUUGGGCUUAGUCUACGCCAAGUGCUUGAGUGGACCAAGCCGCUACCAAUCUUAUGAUUGUGAUACAGACAAUUGUUUAUUAUGUAAUAUUAAACACAUUACAAGAAAUAAGAAUUUAUUUAUUCUUAUUGUGAAGCAAGCAUCAUGCUUCACUUUUCUUUAACUUAAAAUUAUUUUAAUUGUUGACCCUUGGAAGUUUCAUGAUACAUUAAUAUAGAUUUUCCUGUAAUCAUACCAAAUCAAUAGCAGCCACUAAUUGGAAAGAUUGUUCACCAACCCGUUAUCAUAUGCUGUUGCUUAAUUUUUAAUCCCCAUUAUAAUUACCUACAAUGCCAUCUCGCCCUUAUGAAUUGUUGCUCUAUAUAAGCUAUUACAAUAAAAUGUUUUGUAUUGAAA